CAGAGAAUUACAUAAGGUCUUAGAUGGACGCGUUCGAGCCCUUGUUGCGCUACCAGAUUUGGGGUUUUGAGAAGAGAGAGAGAGGGGACAGGUCACUUUCUUUUUUAUAAUAACGAUAGUAAUACUUGCUUCUUGUCCCUCUUUAUCUACAUCCCGUUCGGCCCUCGUCCGCGUGUCCGUGUCCGUGUACGUGUGUGGGCGUGUUUAUUCUACCCGACUCUCCUCUCAAUCUGAAGCCAAUCCAUUUCCCUCCCACCUAGGUACAUACCUACGCACUAUCUGCCCACCAUGGCUGCUACGGCGAAGAUACCAGCUCUUCUGGACUUGACAAUUGACAACAUCACGCCGAAUACCGUCCGGAUCAACUCGCAAUGCCCAGACCAGCGCCUCAAGUACCUGAUGGCGCGGCUCGUGACGCAUCUGCACGACUUCGCUCGUGAGACGCGACUUAGCACUGACGAGUGGAUGGCGGCUCUCAACUUCCUCGUGGGCUGCGGGCAGAUAAGCAGCGAUGUGCGCCAUGAAUUCAUCCUCCUAUCUGAUAUCCUCGGCCUCUCCUUACUAGUAGAUAGUAUCAACCACCCGAAGCCCCCAUCUUCCACCGAGGGCUCGGUCCUAGGCCCCUUCCACACACAUGACGCUCCGACGCUGCCUAAUGGGUCGACCAUGUCCUCGGAUCCCGAGGGACAGCCUAUGCUCUGCAUAUGCACAGUCAAAGACACCGCAGGUCGACCGGUAGAGGGCGUGAAAAUUGACAUCUGGGAGACGGACAGUAGUGGGCACUACGACGUGCAGCACUCCGACCGUCAAGAGCCCAGUGAGCGGUGCGUCAUGGUGAGCGACAGCGAGGGGCGCUUCUGGUUCAAGGGGAUUCGGCCCGUGAGCUAUCCUAUUCCACAUGACGGGCCGGUGGGUAAGCUCCUGGACAGGCUAGGUAGACACUGCUGGAGACCUGCGCAUCUGCAUUUCAUGUUGGAGAAGGAGGGCUGGGAUCACUUAAUUACAGCGCUUUACAUGCGUGGCGACCCGUACGAGACGUCUGAUGCCGUAUUUGGCGUCAAGCAGAGCCUAAUAGUAGAUCUCGAGGAGGCCGACGCGGCGACGGCAAAGGAGUACGACUUCCCGGAAGGGGGCCUGCUACUCAAGCACGACUUCGUGCUGACGACUAAAGAGGAGACGGAGAAGCUGAGGGACGAAAAUGCAGUGAAGGCUCUCGCGCAGCUGGGACUGCGGAUGAAGCUUGUUGACCACCUACCUGUACCAGACUUAGAUUGAGUAGACGCACGACAUCGGCAUACCGAGAAGAGAUCGUCAUUUUGAUCAAACAU